AUGCCUAGGGAGCUGCAGCCGACCAGCCCCAUCAGCCACGUAGCCGCCCGCUCUUCGGCGGCGGCAGUGGGCAUCGAAACGCCGAGCAGUGACAGGGCCAUCGCAGUUGCUUUUUCCGUGCCAGCGUGCCGCCUUCAGCUCGGCGAGAGCCUGCGGGUGGUGGGCAGCUGUGCCGAGCUGGGGGAGUGGGAGGUGGAGGCGGCGCCGGUGCUCGAGUGGCAGGAGGGCGAUACCUGGACCGCCGAACUGGCUCUGCCUGAGGGCUGCCACCAGCUCAAGCUCGUCGUGGCACGCGACAACGGCACUGUGCACUGGGAGGGGGGACCCAAUCGCAGCCUCACCGUGCCGCUGCUGAUUGGCCUGGACACCCUUUCGGCAACCUGCUGCUGGGGCAGCUCGGCCUCCCCCACCUUGGCUGCCGACCCGGAACAGCUCAAGGCUGCAGCGGAUGCUGCUGCUGCUCGUGUGGCGGAUCUUCAGCAGCAGAAGGAGCAGGUGGCGGAGCGCCUGGCAAGCCUGGAGCAGGAGGUGCAGCACAGUGACGCAGCCAUCUUCAGCAAACAACAGGAGAUAGAGCAGCUGGUGGCAGCGGAGCAGCAGCGCAUCGCCCAGGUGGCCGAGGUAUCCGCGGCCGCCUCCCUGAGCCCCAAUGCGGCCGCUGACACCGUGGUGGCAGUUGCAGGCGCAGAUGCAGAGGCGCUUGAUGUGCAGACCGCCGCAGAAGGGCGGGCACCAGAUUCCAUGGUGCUGCCAGGACUGCCAGGUGUCGGGGCACGGCGCUAUUGCACCACCCACCUUGCUUUGAGCAGCGUGUUUGAUGAGGAAAUGAUUGAGGAGACAGCAGCGCAGCAGCUGCAGCAUACGAAGCAGCAAGCCAGCACCUCCCAGGGGCGGCCCGAGACAAGCAGCACGCAACAGGAGGAGGAAGAGGGCAAGUCUGCUGCAGCUGUGGAGCAGCCCCAGGCAGGCAUCACUGUACCGGUGGCUUCUGUGGCAUUGCUGAGUGCACACGAAGCCCCUGGCAGGCAGCCCAGCAAGCCGCAAGGCAAGAAGGAGAAGAAGCAAGCAAAGCAGGUGGCAGAUGCUGCUGCAGCAGCCGUGGAAAAGCCUGCUGCAGCCACAACAGUUGAGGAACCCGCCUCAGGUGUGGAGAAGCCCGCUGCUGCAACUGGGGAGUCUGCAGCGUUUGCAAAGGACGGCUCGGCAGCUGUGGAUGGGGCGAUGGUGGAGACCAACCGUGAUGGCUCCCUCAGCUUCCGCUUUGCCUGUUCCGCACCGAGCAGCAACAGCAUGGAUGAGGGCGGCAGGGCCGCUGGGCUGCUGCCCUCCGCACACGACCUGGCAAAGCGGCGGCUGGUAAGUCUGCUGCCGCCCCAGGCGGCAAAGGAUCUGCAACGCCAACUGAGCCGCAUGUCCAGCGGUGCUGGGGCUAGUCUGAUACUGGCUGCUGAGCUGUCAACUGAAUUUGAGCAGCAGCUGGUUCUGGAGCAGCCACCAGAGCAGGCCCAGGAGGCGAAGCCAGCAGGGCAGCAAGCCUUCCGCCUGUCUCCCAGCGCGCGCAGCACAUCUGCAGUGGGAGGCCCCUCGCAGCCGGCUGCCGCAUCUUCAGGGGAGGACCUGCCGGGCCAGCAGCGUCGGCGUGCCCGGCAGCCAAAGCAGCCAAGGCAAAAGCAGCCUAUGGCCGGGAGCGUCAGCCUGCCACGCAUGGCGGAUGAGCCGCCCAACACUGAUGAAACAGCUGCGACUCCCGCCACAGAGGAUGUGCCGGUGCUGGCCCCGCCGCCCGUGCCCGCUGCGCCCUCUACCACAGCUCAGCACCAGCAGCCCGAUGACGUGCUGCGCCUUUUCGCCACACCGGACGUUGGAGCGCCGCUGGGCAGCGGGGUCAGCGCCAUAGGCAUAGCUGACGGCUACACUGCCGUGACACUGCGCCCCAGCCUGCCCAUCUCAGCGGCCUGGCUGACGCUAUUGAGCGUGUACGAGGCGGGUAGGCUGCUGUGGACCGUGGCUGGCACCGUCCUGCCGCCCGCAAUUCGGGGACGCCCCGCAGAUGUCGCCUUCUGGCUGCUCUUCACUGCAGCCAUCAUUGCCCCGUUCUGGAGGUGA